UAUUAAAAUUUUAAUAGCAUUAUUAUCACUUUUUUUAAUAUAAACCAAAUUCCUAGGCUAUUUUUACAAAUGCAAAAAUUUAUUUAAAACGACAUAUAGAUGUCGCUGUAGCGAAAUUUCUUCUCACUUCAUUCGUAAACAAAACAAUGGAUCCUCCGGACGGCAUUGAAGAGGAAUCUAAUAAAAUAAAUUUAACAUUAAUAAAUGGCACAGGAUAUGUAUUCAAUGUGGACGACUACAUGACAUUGCGGCAGCAGCACCGCAUUGUGGGUGCACUGGUGGGCACAUGUAAUAUGCGUGGAUGGUCGGCGAAUGAUUGCACGCUACCGUUGGAGCUGACAACGUAUGAGACACGAUUUCUAGUAGAAAGUGGCGUUGCUCAAUUGGUUUCAAAGCAGGAAUCUCUGCUGCGCGUGCCGGCUGCCAAUGAGUUGGCGAAGUACCAUGAGUUGUUGGAAGCAAGCUUUACAGCACAAGCUGAUACACUUAAGAGCGCAAAAUUACAUGAAACUGAAUGUAAUAUGAGCAAGAUACUUGAGGGAAAACGAAAGAAGCUUUUAAAGGCAGGUGUACCAAAAGCGGAUAUUGUGCUAGAAGCCUCACAAAUUUUACAAGAAACUGCUGAUAAUUUCGUCUUUGAACGCAAUAAUGCGCCAUUGGAAAUCGCUUGCGCGCACACGCAAACACACGCUUUCAAAAUUGUCGACGCCCCCGCCAUUGAAAAUGCUCUCAAAUAUAAAGUGUUUUGUGAUUUUUGGACGCGUGGUUACUUUGUCACUGCUGGCGAUGCAUUUGGCGCAGAUUUUCUGCUUUACCCUGGCGAUCCGCUGCAAUAUCAUGCUUCACAUAUUGUGAUACUACUUGAUACACCGAUCAUACAACCUUUAGACAUGAUAGCCAAAGUGCGUUUAUCUGUUAUUGUCAAUAAGAUUUGCAUUUUCGCUUACUUUGGUGAAGAAGUAGAGGGAGUGGAUGGUAAUGAAGAGCGUGAAGUACACUAUCAAACUGUGCAGUGGGAAGGUAAUAGAGAGAAAUUUGGUGCUGCCGCAAGUGCUGGACUCAGAUCUCAGGAAAGCUGAGAGAAAUGUUUGAAAAUGUUAUUUUAAUAGAAACAAAACUGCCUUGAAAUACUUUAAAGUAUAAUAUC